CCGGCCUGGAACAUGGCGCUGAUGUUGGCCGCGAUCCUGAUGGCGGCGGCGCUGGGCCUGGUGCUGCUGGGCCGGUGGUUGCUGUCACGGAUUAUCUCACACCUCAUCCACAAUCAACUAAAUGUGGAUUUAAAAAUCGGUUCCAUUGGGUUUCUCUCAGUUCACAAUAUCAGCUUCAAGAUCUGUGCACAGCAUACUGUGGAAGUAGACAGAAUCUGGCUCUCCUGUAAGCUGCUAAAUAAUGAGUUACCUCACAGCUUCGCUCUGUGUUUCGGAGAGGUCCGAUUUCGAGCCGAUUUGAAAGCAGUCUCCCAGGUAUGGGCCAAUCCCAGUGAAAGCAACAUGAAAAGGCGACUGACCCUCCAACCCUCAGUUCUACGCAUGUUGUCACAGCUGCUCUCGAUCCAUGUGUAUUCAGUGAAUGUGAUGGUUUUAAAUGCCUGGAUUGCAGAGUCCCUCUGGCACAUGGCGUUAACAAACUGUACCUUUCUACUCAGCUGUAAUGGCAACAGUAUCAAGUGUGAGAGCAAUGUGAAUAAACUGAACAGCAAGAUAAUGAAGAGCAGUGAGAUGGAGGAUUUCUGUCUGGUCAACUUGUCUCUGAGCCUCACUGCCACCGUAGACAUCAGCUUGCCUGACCUGAAGGCCCUCAGCACAGAGCUGAGGGUGCAGACUCUGCAGACCGAGCUACACGAGGGUUUCUUCAGUUCAAACAUGCUGCAAACGGCACUGUCGCAGCCUGAUGUAUCACCAGGCAGCACUGACCCACAACAGGAAAAUCCCGAAACAGCCAAGACUGGAGAUGAUAGAACAACUGGUAUCAUAGCUACCAGACCCGCAUUCAUGGAUUAUUUACCACAAGUUAUUUCGCUGGAGAUGGAGGACACCAGCAUCACGCUAUCUUUGAACAGUCAACAAAGACACCUGCAUGGGAACCUGAAGCUGCUUAGUUUCCACUACGAGCCCGAAGACUUUUACCGGAUAAUGCCACAUCUCAUUCUGCCUCCCAUGAGUAUCCAGCUAAUCCUAGAAGAUGGAUUGCUCUCGUCCCAGAGUCGGCAACGGAUCGUGAGCCUGAGCCAGCUCAGCAGCUCCUUACAGAUCACGGGCAUUGAUAUUUCUGCUUCUGUCACUGUUCACACUUGCACUCUUCACUAUCGACACUCCGAGUUUUCACACUGGCUGCUCUUGUCAGAAAAAUCGGCAUCACCUCAGUUUACAACUAAAAGGCAAUUUCCUUGGCUGAGUAUCCCCAUCACCAUCACGUGUUCACUGUCGAAUGUGAGCAGCUCUCUCCAGUUCCUCGAUGCACCAGCCUUUGCCCUGGGCUUCGGGUCUGUAGUUGCAGACACCCAGCACCUGAAGACCCGCAAUUCUCACUGGCGUGGGAACCUGGCGGUGAAGAAUCUAUGGUGGCGGGCAGGGGAAGGGUCACAGAUUGCGAGAGCUCACCCUCUGGCCAGUACACAUGUGUGGGGAGAUGCUUUUGUUAUGGAGUCAUUAAACCUGCAGGGGAGUUACAGUCAAGCACAAUCCUUAACCGGGGAUUUUGCAAACACUCUAACCCUGGAUGGCACGGUGAGUGAGCUGCAGGUGGAGAUCUCGGACACAGCGGUGGAGUGUUUGUCCAAAGUGUUGUCACUAAUCCAUGGAUACCGGGAACAACAUCUGGGAGAGAAGUUGGAGAUUGAACCCAUGUCUGUAAAUCUGGAUUUGGAUUCUCAAGGUGGAUCAGAGGUCCAUCUGAAUAAGAUAAAGAUUAAGCUGGAAGAUAUCACUCUGUGUUUUCUCUCCAGCAUAACAGGUGCCAGUGUUUUUCAGGUCAAAGCCUUUUCCAUUGAUAAAGGCACAGAGAGCUUAAUCUGUGAGAUGGAGAGUCUGUCUCUCAUAGUGGUCAAGAUAUUAGAGGACAGCAUGGAUCUCCGGCCCAGCACCUCAAACAGUCCUGAUCCUGUCCUUGCCAUGUCCCACUUCUCCACAGCUUUCUUUCCACAUGGCUGGUCGUUCGAGCUAAGUUCCUUCGAUGACAUCAGCGUGCACUGGGACCCUGUCAGCCACAUGCAUCUGUACCAGCACACCCAGGAGGCCUUGUGUCUGUUCGAGACUCUUCUGAAGGCCACGUUGUUGUCAUCGAACAUGAAUGAGCAGACACUGGGAGGGGAGGGGAGAAGGUCCCUGGUUCUCGAUAUUGAGCUGAAGAGCGUGAUGGUCACAGCGCAUGUGACAGCGAAGAAUUUUGUGCAGCUGCAGGUCGAGAACCUUGUUGCCUCGGCCAGUGCUGUUCAGAGACUGGUCCAGUCAUCACAGCUGGUGCUCAGCUUCGAUGGACAUGACAUCUUUUUGUUGAAGGGGAUGUCUGGGCGGGUGGAGAGAGAAUGGACUGAGCUCCCGUCCCAGCGCGGCCGGCGGGAUUCUUUGUGCUCGGCCAGGAAUGAGCUGUGGACCAUCAAGUUCUCCAGCAUCACCAUGGAGUUCCCCUUCCGCUACGAAUUCUCCCAAACUUUCGACAGGUGUGUGACCGUGCAGAAAUGGCUGAAGGCCCUCCACAGGCGGGCAGGGCUGGAGGGGUGUCAAAUGACAGUGGGGUCACUGCCCCCUGACCUGGAACUUUAUGUCAGCCACUUCUCUUUUGUCUUCCUGGACAAUGUCUUUGAGGUCAAACUGCGCGACGACUAUGAGCUGAUGAAGGAUGAGAGCAAGGAGAGUGCAAAACGUCUGCAGCUGCUGGACGCCCGGGUGACAGCUCUCAGGAAGCAACAUGGGGAACUACUGCCUGCCCGCAAGAUCGAGGAGCUGUAUGCAGCCCUGGAGCAGACCAACAUUAACAUGUACGUGCAGCGUUCUCAACGACUCUAUGCUAACACACCCAUGCGUAAGGCCCUGCUGACCUGGGUGGUGUCAGACCUGGAGGUCAUGGCCUCAGUUGACCCCUCAGUGCACGGAGUUGACAAGGUGAUGAACCAGAUGGAGAUGAUCGACUCCUCCAGCCAUUUUCCUGAGGAUGGCCUCCAGCUGACCAUUCAGUGGUUCCGGAAUGUGAAGUUUGCAACCAAAGCGUUUCUUGUUCGAAUCCGGGAUUACCCUCGCUACCUGUUUGAGAUUCGGGACUGGAAACUGUCCGGGAAACUGAUCGGAGCUGAGGAGGAUGGGCGCCCACAUGCACGGCGGAAGAUGAAAAUUUCACUAGGGAAGCCCUGGGGGGACGCCAUCAUUGAAAGGAAUAUGCCCCCUUUGAAAUGGUACCACCAGUUUGAAUCCCAAAUCUCUCUCUUCACCAUUGUUUGGGGCCCUUGCUGGGAUCCAGCCUGGACUCUGAUUGGACAGGCUGUUGACCUCCUCACCAAACCCUCGACUGACCCGAGCCCACCGCUCAACUGGUGGGACAAAAGCCGCUUCCUGUGUCAUGGGUCCUGGAGCAUGGACAUUGAACAGGCCAAUUUACAUCAGCUGGCCACUGAGGAUCCAUACAACACAACAGAGAACAUGCACUGGGAAUGGAGCAAGUUACAAUUCAAUUGGACCAACUGCCAGUUUGUUUUUAAAGGUGACCUUGAUGUCAAUGUCCGAACAGCAUCCAAAUAUGAUGAUUGCUGCUUUCUUCACCUGCCUGACCUGUGCAUCGUCAUUGGCCUCCAGUGGAUCUGCCGUGGUAACCCAAAUGACCACCACCUUGUCACCCUGUGUUCCCCAGACAACCUGGAAACCUUGCCAGACACAGAGAAACACGAUUCCUACAAACUCUUUCGAUCCCAGAAUCUCAACUUGUCAAUAACCAUGGACCUGAAUCGGUCGGGCAGAGAGACCACAGAACCUCGGAUCCUGCUGUAUAGCAGCACUCUGCGCUGGAUGCAGAACUUUUGGGCCACCUGGACAACCGUCUCCAGACCCAUCUGUCGUGGGAAACUCUUUCAAAACCUGAAACCUAGUAAGAAAAAGCUGAGCCAACAUUAUAAGCAGGUGUCCUUCAAUCCGUCUUUCCUUCAAAUACAGGUACAUUACUGGGCAUCAUUUGCACAGCAGCGUGGGAUUGAGGUGCAGUGCACCCAAGGGCAUGUGUUCACCCGAGGAACCCAGAGAUACAUUCCGCAGGGAGACAAGGUGCUGCGACGUCCAAUCUCUGAGUGGAAUGUUACUGAGAUGCGCAGUGAUCUGAAUUUGGUGACUGUCUAUCUGAUGACAUCAGCUUUGGAGGAGAGUGCGGAGCAGAGGCUGAACUCUCAGGUGACCAAGACCCAUCUCCUCAGCCUACAGUCACUCAGCUACCAGCGGCAGAGCAACAGAGUGGAGGAGGAAAUAUCAGUGAAGGAGGAGAGAAGUUAUACCCACAAGUUGUGUCUCGUCGACCUAAGAGCAUCAUGGACACCAACCAACCGGAAUGUAGCUUUCGGCCUCUAUGAUGGGUAUAAGAAAGCGGCUGUACUGAAGCGCAACCUGUCGACCGAGGCACUGAAAGGAUUAAAGGUCGACACCGACCUGCAGACCAAGAAACCGAAGCGAUCGUCGCUGGUGACCCCGAUUCCCAAACCAGAGGACGAGAAGCCAGAGAGGAAAUCGCUGGAAGGUGCCUCCAUGUUGCAGAAACUGAUCGAAGAGACAGACAAGUUUGUAGUUUUCACAGAAGAAGAUUCCGGAGUGUGUGAUCAGCUGUACGGGAGUGCAGCGUGUCAGACAGAUGAUGUGAUCCACCGGAACUGGCUGAUUGAACUGGUGAACUCCCAGGUGAUGUUACGAGGUGCUGAGACGGUGGGCUGUGUUUUUGUCAGUGCCACCAAGGCCCAGCUCCUGCAGUGCCUCCACCUCCCAGCCUGGUACAGCGACACACUCAAACAGAAAACCACCUGGACUUGUCUGCUGGAUGGCAUGCAGUACUUCGCUACCAUGGAAACCAACCCUGCGGAGAAGGAGGAGUGCCAGCUUUGGUUAGAGGUCAAGAACAUCGAGGAAUAUCGAACGCGUAACCUCGAUUCGGUGGCAGAGCUGAUGGAGAGCGGUCAGGCGGUGGGGGGGAUGGUCAGCACCACGACAGACUGGAAUCUGCCAGCCCAAUGCCAUCAGACACAGCAGGUUCAGAGGAUUAUCUCUCGCUGCAGUUGUCGGAUGUACUACGUCAGUUACAGCCAUGAUAUCGAGCCCGAGCUGGCAACCCAGAUCAAACCACCCGAGAUACAGGAAAACCAGAAAGAGGAUUUGCUGAAGAAACAAAAUGGCGCUGUGGACACUUUCACCUUGAUCCACCACGACCUUGAGAUAUCCACCAACCCGGUCCAGUAUGCCAUGAUCCUGGACAUUGUCAACAACCUACUGCUGCUUGUUGAACCGAAACGUAAAGAACACAGUGAGCGAAAACAGCGAGUCCGCUUCCAGCUGGAGAUCUCCAGCAAUCCCGAGGAGCAGAGGAAUAGCAUCCUCCAUCUUCAGGAUGCGGUGAGGAAGCAUGUUACACGGAUACGACAGCAUGAGAAACAAAUCUACCUGAUCAUGAAGUCACUGCAGGAUGACCUCAGGAGCAACGUGCUGAUAAAACAGAGCCAGGACCUGCAGACACGGUUGAACCAGGAGAAGAUGGACCUUCAGGCCAAGAGCGAGGAGCUCAACAUCCUAAUCAGGUGUUUUAAGGAUUUCCAGCUGCAGCGAGCAAACAAGCUGGAGCUCCGUAAGCAGCAGGAGGAUAUCAGUGUAGUGAGGCGUACUGAGAUUUACUUCGCCCAGGCGCGCUGGAGGCUGACGGAGGAGGAUGGGCAACUUGGCAUAGCUGAGCUGGAGCUGCAGCGAUUCCUGUACAGCAAGGUGAAUAAAUCAGAUGACACAGCAGAGCAUCUGCUGGAGCUGGGGGCCUUCACCAUGAACAACCUGCUCCCAAGCUCCCUGUACAAGGUGGUGUUGCGGCCUCAGAAUCCCUCGCAGUCAGCCCGGCAACUCGCUCUGAGAAUCUUCAGCAAGGUGCGGCCCCCAGUGGGCGGGAUCUCAGUGAAAGAGCACUUUGAGGUGAAUGUGGUCCCAUUGACCAUUCAGCUCACCAUUCAGUUCUUCAGGAGGAUGAUGGGCUUCUUCUUUCCUGGGCGAAAUGUUGAAGAGGAUGAAUCAGGAGCUGAUGAAGAAGACAAAUCCAAACUGGUGACAACAGGGAUUCCGGUUAAUGUGAAGUCUCGCCAGCUGAUGGUGCCUGAGGAACCUGUGACAUUGGGAGCUGGGAAAGGAGUCUCUGCUGGACUAAACAGGGGCUCUGGAGUGAGGAGAUCCUUCAGGAAGCUUCCGGAGCAUCCAGUGGACGACAUUGAUAAGAUGAAGGAAAGAGCUGCAAUGAACAAUUCCUUCAUCUAUGUGAAGAUUCCACAGGUCCCUCUUUGUGUCAGCUACAAGGGUGAGAAGAACAUUGAGGACUGGAAGGAUUUCAAUCUGGUUUUACCAUGCCUGGAAUACCACAACAACACGUGGACCUGGCUGGACUUCGCUAUGGCUGUCAAGAGGGACAGUCGUAAGGCUCUGCUUGCUCAGGUAAUAAAAGAGAAACUCCGUCUGAAACCAGCCUCGGGAUUGGAGGCGAGGGGCAGGAGCACUGAGCUUAAAACAGACGGAAAUGCUCAGCAACAAGAGGAGGAUGAGAAGGCACGUCUACUGAUCGGAUCAAAACUGAUCUCUGGCGAUAAAGCCUCAGGCAAGAAGUCGCUGUUCGGGAAGCGUAAGUGAGGACGGAGAUCCGUGGAUUGAUUCUUGCACUGUUCAGUUCCCGAGUGACUACAUGGUGGGCUUGGAAGAAAGAUGGCAUCAGAUUUUACACAACCAUUUACGCCACCCACCCCCCCCACCAGACUCCUAAAUAUAACCCUAGGCACUUUCAACUGCUGUAAAAUUGUGUAAAAAAAAAAGUUAUUAAAAGCUUCAUAAACUGUGAUGUAAUUAAUAUUCACACUAAAAGCUGCACUGUUUUGUAGUAUCUGUAAAAUUUGUAAUUUACUGUUUUUUCUGUCUUUCAGCUAUAAUCGUGAUUUUAAAAAAAAAAAUUGAGCAUUAAAUGCAGUCCUUCCUUUACCAAAAAAUGAAAGUUCUGGAAACUUUAGCCAAAUGACUGUGAAACAUGUCCAAGAGUGGCCCCGGGAGUGAAUAAAUUAGUUACACAGUCGAGUCCCUUUCUCUGUUGGAUCCUGUUUGUGAAUGUUGCCCAAUUUGUGUUAGGGGCCUUUCUGCUGAGGCCUGUUCAUGGACAGUCCCUGGAUGAUGAAGAUUUGUGUCGGCCACUGUUUAUGACUGAGGUCCCUCUCACCCCCUUCCCCAUCUGCACUACCCCCCAACCUCAUGCUGAUCAGAUCAGUUGACUCAUCUCCCUUCUCCCAGAGACAAAGGCGGCGAUCCUCCCGACACAGCUCCCCAACCUCCAGCUGCAGUUCUGAGCAGGGUCAGUGGGAAAAUGAGCAGAGCUCCAGCUCCCAACCUCAAAUAAAACCGUAACUUUUUUUUAAAGCGUAUGGAAACCCACAGACCAAAACUAGGAAAGCUGCCAAUCACCAGGAAUAAAUGCUACAGAAUUGGUGUCUGUUAAUUCAGUGUUUUAUCAUUUAAUCCUUGGAGCAUUGUGAAAUUUUUUGCAGGGAAUAUUUUGAGCUUAUUUGAUACUGGAGGACAGUUUUCGUUUGGUGAUGUUUUAUUUAGUGGGUGUGGGCAAAGCAUUUAAAAUUGCUUCACUGCCCCUCUUUCGGGUUUCUUCCUGUCCAGGUUUGCAGGUAAACCUGGGAAUGACUAAUUUGGGGAGGGGGUUCCCAAAAACAUCCCACUACCCCACCUUAACUUAGUGAAGUUACCAUUGUGCUUCUUGUGGCCAACUGUCAAGCUCCCUUACUGGAUUUACAGCCUAAAGCACAACUCACACGCCAAGCACUGCCCCCGACUCCUCCGAUUUUUCUGUUGCGGUUUCAGCUCCGAGCACAAGCGAGCGAGCCACAUGUACUCAGGACAUGGUAGUGGACUUUAUCUCUAUUGGGUGUAAUCAAUGCGUUGCUUUUUUUUAAGAAUUACUGUUUUUUUGAAGUAGGUGCUGCUCUCAGUCACAGGUUCCACUGUAACAGGUUCAUGAACGUAUAUUUUACAUGUAAAAAAACUGCAAAGAGCUAGGAAUAAAGUUGUUUUGUAACAAUC